GUUUUGGUGCCCACCUCAGUCGCUCUCCUUUUUGAGACCGCGGUGCCUGCCAUCGCCCCCUCGCACAACAAUGCUGUCCACUGUGCAACAGACACUAGCCGUUCUUUCUUUCUUAGUGGUUGGGGCAAGCUGCCAGGUAACUUCUGCAUGGAACUCAAGGUUCAUUGGUUACUACAUCGCUCCUGAUUCUAUCGAGCCACUAUUGGCAGGUGAUGCUUGGAUCACCUCUGGGACCUAUGCAGGUGACUGCAACACCAGUGGUCGCUGUGCAUUAGCGACAAAAUGUUCAGAUAACAAGUUGUACCUCGAUGAUGGUUCGGUGUGGCCUUGCAGCGGAGAAGUGUCAUGCGUUCAGGCUACCAUCUAUGCGACCUCUCCAGCUGGACUCCCAUCUGCGAUUAACUAUGGCUGCCGUAUGAACUGGAAAGCUUACACCAUCUACCGGGAAUUGCCAGCGACAACAACAUCAUUGAGCACCCUUACAUCCGCAACACCAACCCCGGCUCUGAGCGUAACCCCAACAGAAGUUGUGCCAACGCCGACCCUAGUGGCAUCGCCAACACUACAAUUCGGCGUAUCUACCAGUAGUAUAGCUGUGAUGGAAGCUACUCCUAACUCUGCCAGUAGUAUGGAAGCUACUCCUAACCCUAGCCCUGAAUUUCGAUCUAGACCUGAACCUGAACGACAAAACAAGGCAUGGAUAGCAGGUGCCGUUAUUGGGUCAGUCAUUGGAAUUGCACUCCUGAUCGUAGCGAUUUACUUGUGGAGAAGCAGAGGAAGAGUUAGACGGAUGGACAAAGCUGGUGUCGAACUGGACGGAGAGACCAAUAGUUACUCGCACUUGCAGCAGUAUCAUGAAAAAGAUACUGAAGGACAACUGGUCGAACUUUCAAGCGCACGAUACCCUGUUGAACUGCCAAGUUCAAGACACCCUGUUGAGUUGGAAGCCAACGGACCUCGAUAAUAAUACUGUUGUUAAGCUGUGGCUUUUGAGGUCAAACCUGGUGGUGGUUGGAGAACGGAAGAGUCCAUCGUUUUUUAAGCAGGAAUACGGCUUGUUGUCCCACAGUUACAGCUCAAUGAUAGGGCUUCUACAGGAUCUUAACUGUGACCCUCUCUCGUAGAGGGAGCUUCGCUACAGUUGAGUAAGUGAUUGAGAAGAGGGACAUAGUAAGACCUGCUACACAGGGAAAGAAUCGUGUUUCUGCUCCCAAAAGGUUCCAAAAAAGGUUCCAAAAGGGCACGGAGAGCAUGAGAAAAACUCAUUACAAGAAAUAGGCACGAAGCGGGGCACUGGUGGAGUUCAUGUCACAGGAACAUCACCAAAUUUCAGCAGCAGAAACCAGGCCUGUCUAUCAGGCAGGUAGAAUCUGGUAUCCUUCCUG